GCCUGCCCUCUCUGUUCCUCGGUUGUCUGUUUUCUUGAAGUGGGUUCAGGAAAGUGUUGAGGGGGCGGAUAGUUUUGAUUUUCUCUACAUCGCGUUUGGCCAAUAAUGUAGAGGCAACUGUUGUGCACAUCUCAGCUGGCAGACAUUUAAAAGGGAGACAGUCCGGCGCUGAAGCAAUUUGUCUUACACCCCUACAGCCCCCCCAACCGGCCCCUGUCUAUGGAGCGGUUAGUCUCCCACCCAUCCACAGCCCCGCUAGUGUACAGUCGACAGCAGUAGGUGCCCAUCACCUCGGAAGGUGCCGCGGAGGACUGACAGGACCACAGCAGUGCGCUUCUCACCGCGGCGAUCUCGAACACGAUGGCCAACUCGGCGCGUAUCCUAUGCAGUAUGGUUCUCAUCAUCGGGCUGCUCUCCUCUCCCGUGGACUCAAAAAGAAAUCGGGGUUCACAAGGCGCCAUUCCUCAUCCUGACAAAAACAACCCAAACGAAUCGGAGCAGCAGCCGCAGCCUCCGCAACCUCCGCAGGCGGCGGGCUCCGGGUCCCGGCAGAGGCAGAGCUCGUCAUCACCAGCCGACGAGGUGCUGGAGUCCAGCCAGGAGGCGCUGCACGUGACGGAGCGCCAGUAUUUGAAACGGGACUGGUGCAAGACGCAGCCGCUCAAGCAGACCAUCCACGAGGAGGGCUGCGUCAGCCGCACCAUCAUCAACCGCUUCUGCUACGGACAGUGCAACUCCUUCUACAUCCCCAGGCACAUCCGGCGGGAGGAGGGCGCCUUCCAGUCCUGCUCCUUCUGUAAGCCCAAGCGCUUCACCACCAUGACCUUCACGUUGAACUGUCCGGACCAGCAGCCCCCCACCAAGAAGAAACGCAUCCAGCGCGUCAAACAGUGUCGCUGCUUGUCCAUAGACCUGGACUGAAAAAAAAAAAACCGGAGAAUCCGUGACGCGCGAGUCUCCUUUUUGCGCACAGGGAUUGUUGGCAGACGAACAGCGGAGGCUGUCACACAGCCAAGUGCACGUGUCGAUCUCCAGCCCGGGGUGGGGGUCGGGGGGGGGGUCCCGCAGCACGACGCUGCCUCCACUAGAAACUGUUUCUGCAAAAAAAAAAAAAAAAACAACAACCCGUGAAUAAUACUGUAUAUGGACAUGCAACGCUUUAACUCAUGUUGAGAUGCGAGAACCUUUUUUUUUGUUUUUUUUUUUUGUUUUGCUCCUCACCAGUUUGCCAAGUUUGAAAAACAAGCAUCACUGCACGAGAAUGCUGACUUGGAAUGGGCACGUUUUGACGCACGGCCUCCUCACCCCGACAUGAACCACACGACCCUGGGUUUCUUCUUCUUCUUCUUCUUCUUCUUUAAAACAGUCGCUGCUCUAAACACUCGAGACGACAGGAGUAAAAAAAAAAAAAAAAAAAAAAAA